GUGGACACGCGCGAACCAGUUACUAAACAGAUUCAUGUGAAAAAUGUCUCCGGUAUUGAACAGUACGACGUGCUCAACCAAGAUAUAUAUAACACGGACUCUAUCAACAAUCAUAUGUUUCAUUUGUUUAAUGUCAUCAUCAAUUGUAAACAAUGUGGCAGCCCAGGAACCCAUCGAGGUGCAAUACGUGAACGUCAAAACCGAGGUGGGUAAUCUGCGUGGCUAUAAGAUGAGAUCGAUCGAGGGUAAGGAUAUCAAUGUUUUCAUUGGAGUACCAUUUGCCAAACCGCCUGUGGGAAAGCGUCGUUUUAAGCGCCCCGAACCUCUGGAUCCUGUCGACCCGAACAUCACUAGAGACGCACUCACGAAAAAGCCGAUGUGUCCACAAAUCCCGAUGAUUGUACCAGGUAUCAGGCUCGAAAACGAAAUGAACGAUGAUGAUUGUCUCUAUAUGAAUAUUUUUGCCUCAGCCGACACGUCGAGCUCAGAAAAGAAGCCUGUUAUGGUGUACUUUUAUGGGGGCUUCUACCAGUGGGGAGACAAUAACCUUGCUCUGUACGACGGAGUGGAGUUUGCAGCCGAAACCGAUUCGGUGAUCGCUUUUCCGGCAUACCGUGUCAGCUUGUUUGGCUUCUUGAAUUCUACGGGUAAGUCGGCUCCUGGGAACCAGGGUCUGUUCGACCAACUCUUAGCGCUCAAGUUUAUCCAACGCAAUGUGGAGUUUUUUGGUGGCGACCUCAACUUAGUAACAAUUGCUGGACAGAGUGCAGGCGCCAUUUCAGCCUCAAUACAUACGUCGUCUCCAGCUACAAAGGGUCUAUUUCGUAGAGCUCUUCUGUUAAGCGGAGCUGCGAAUACUUUAGCGUUUUUUAAAGAGGCAGACGGCCAGAACCUGCUAUUCACAGUAGCCAACUUUAUGGACUGUUUCAACAACAAUCGUUCGGUAGUUGAACAAUAUGAUUCGAUGGCGGACUGCCUGGCGACAAAGGAUCGUCUAGCUUUACUCGAUCAGUUAUCGAAAUUGGAUGGAGGAUAUAAGCUAGCCUUUGGUCCCGGCCGGGACGGUCAGAUCAUUGCAGGAGACAUCCGCAGGCCCACGACCCUCGAGUACAAUGUUGAGGAUAUUAUGAUGGGAACCACCGAUACAGACGGAGAAUUAGUGCUUCGCCAAGUGAUGGGACUUGAGCCUGCGUUCGAAGAUCUCGCUCGCAGUUCGGGCCCCGAUAUUGCUGUGAAAUUGGCACUUAAACAGAUGUAUGAGAUAUCGACCAUCUCUGCGGCCGAAAUGUAUUCCGCAUACAUUACGGACCAGGACACGGAUGAUGGAUUUGAUGCCGUCUUGAAAAAGGCUCCACGAAUGUUCACCGAUGUUUCGUUUGAUUGCCCGGCCAAAUUCUAUAUGAACUCCGUGGAAAAAGUAAAUGGCAAAAAAACUAACAUCUACCGCUACGUCCUCAAAGAGCCUCGCGCAAAGGUGUUUGUUGAUGCGAUGGGGGCCGGACCCGCCACUCAUACCGAUGAUGUAAUGUUUUUCCUCGGAAUCGCACUCAAUAAGGAUGUAAAACGUCCUUGGGAUCCAAGAACUCCGGCAGCACUGCAAAUGACCUUAGAUAAUUAUACCGACGAGGACAGGAAGUUAGCCAAGGAUAUCCUCCGUUCUGUCAAGGAAUUCAUGAUAAACGGCAAACCCACCCUUCCUGGAAAAACUGAUUUAUGGCCUAAGUAUUCGGAAACGAGUCCGUCUGUUGUGAAUCUCACUCCCAAAACCAUCUCGGUCACUGAAGGCCCUGUUUCGAAACUGUGUCACCUCUGGGCUCCUUAUCUUAUCUCAAGUGACAUCGCUGAACUUUACGGGUUUUCUACCACAACCACGACGACAACAACAACAAAGCCCAUUUAUCGGAAAGCGAAAACUAUUAUUAAGAAUGGACGCAGAUUGUCAAAAUCUCGACAUCCAGACCGUUACCAAAACUCCGCGCCUACAGGCAACUUCUCGCACGGACAAGUAAUAACUGUAUUGUCGGCCACCACCUGCAUGCUACUAUUGGUCAAAGAAGCACUUACGUGCAAUUACUAAGAACAUUACCGUUAUGGUGUACUCGU